GGGAGCCCCGGGCGCCCCGCCCCGCGGGGAGCCCUUCGGUUCCGGGAGCGCAUGGUCGGCUCUGCGCCCUUCCAGGGCCACGACCAGGGCCGGGCAGGGGCGGAGCCGCGGCCUCCGGGAGCUGGGUCCCUGCCCCCGCCGUUCUUCGCUGACCGGAGCGCAACGAGGUACUGCCCCCCGCGUCCGCCCGACGGCCCGCUCGGCGCUUUAAAAACCCGCCCGGCUGCAGCGGUGACGGCGGGAGGCGCGGAGACUGGCGAGACCGAGCCCCGGGCCCGCGCCCCAGCGGCCGGCCAGAGCAGCCCCAUGGAGAAGCAGGUGGUCCUGGUGAUUGGGGGCAUCCUUGGGGGACUGCUGCUACUGCUGCUGUUGAUGGGGGUGAGCUGGUGUCUCUGGAAGAGGCUUUGCGCCACGUUCACCUAUGAGGAGCUGUCAGGGGCCACGGCUGCCUCCAGCACACAGGGACACAAGCUCUGCCCACCGGAUGCCAGGACCCAGGCAAGCAGGCCACCAGGUAUACCAUUCGUGGUGCCCCCUUCCCUCCAAAGCCAAGACUGGGUGCCCCUGAGCAGCAGAGAGUGGGCCCAGGCCCCACAGGACCCCUGCCCAGCCCCGGAGCUCCUGCCCCAUGCCACCGGCAGCAAUCUUGGUGAUCCUCCCAGCCCCUGUGUUGUAGGAGACGCAUGCGUGGUGGGGACCAUCAAUCCAGCGCUCUACAAGAUCCCGGAGGACAAAAGUGAGACCCACUUCCCUGAGGGCUGCCUGGGGCGGCUGUGGUUCUCUCUGGAAUAUCAGCAGGAGGCCGAGCGACUGCUGGUGGGCCUGAUCAAGGCACAGCGGCUGCAAGCCCCCUCAGAGACCUGUAGCCCCCUGGUGAAGCUCCACCUGCUACCGGAUGAGCGGCGCUUCCUACAGUCCAAGACCAAAUGCAGAACAACCAGCCCACAGUUUGACGAGCACUUCAUCUUUCAGGUGUCCAGCAAGAGUGUCACCCAGAGGGUGCUGAGGUUCUCGGUGUACCACGUGGACAGGCAGAGGAAGCACCAGCUCCUGGGCCAGGUGCUGUUCCCCCUGAAGAAGGAGACCCUGGUGGGCAACUGCCGGCGCAUCAUCUGGAGAGACCUGGAGGCUGAGAGCCUGGAGCCUCCCUCCAAGUUUGGCGACCUCCAGUUCUGCCUCAGCUACAACGACUGCCUGAACCGCCUCACGGUGAUCGUGCUUCGAGCCAAGGGCCUCCGACUCCAGGAGGACACGAGCUUUGUCAGUGUCCUUGUCAAGGUGUCUCUGAUGAACCACAACAAGUUUGUCAAGUGCAAGAAGACUUCGGCUGUGCUGGGCUCCGCCAACCCUGUGUACAGCGAGACCUUCAGCUUCAAGGCCGACCCUGCCGAGCUGGACACGGCGAGCCUCAGCCUGACAGUGCUGCAGAGGGCCGAAGGGGACAGGAGCCGCGAGCUGGGCCGGGUGGUGGUGGGCCCCUACAUGUACACCCGCGGCAAAGAGCUGGAGCACUGGAACGAGAUGCUUAGCAAACCCAAGGAGCUGGUGAGGCGCUGGCACGCGCUUUGCCGCACCACUGAGCCCUGACCCGGGCAGGGACCUCGGGUCUGCUCCAGGAGCCCUAUCUCCCCACAGCCAUGCCUGACAGCCACAGGCCUGGACGCUGCAUCCAGCAUUCUCACUGGGCUGCAGGACCAGCCCGAGCCGGGGGAUCACGAGUGCCGACGUGCAGGAGAGAAGAGGUGACAAGAGAGCCCGGGUCAGGGCAGUGGUGUGGCCGCUGGGCUACAUCUCACCAGCAUGUGAGGCCCUCCCAACUCAUUCCAUCCUUCUUUACCCGUGGGGCUGCCUGGGCUUGGAAUCCUGGCUCCUGGUCGUCGCAGUCUCGAAUUGGACCGGAAUCUCAGGCAUUGGGAAGAAAUACUCUCUAGAGUGAAAGCAUAGCUGUGCACGUUGUGUGGAGUGCCAGGGAAACUUGGAAAACUGAUGAUGUGUUGAUGCUCAGCCUCCACUUUCUUCCUCUGUGGUUUCUCUGCCUUCUGCCUGGCGGAGAAAAUGAACUGCCCAAAGCGUUUAUUUCAGUUGGUCCACAAUAAAUAGCACAGCCUGAGAAACUGGAUUGGCAUGUAGGUGUGGAACAGUCCCCAGGAUGCCUGGGCAGCACGGCUUGGGAGAAAAGGCUCCUGGGGAUCGCGACUCACUCGCUUCACACCUGCAGGAGAAAGCAGCCCGCCCAGGUACCAAGUGGUGGACAGGUUCUGGGCGUCUGCUCCUGGGGCUCUCACUUUGGGCAUGAAAUGGUGAAAGCACGUGGCCAAAGCAUAGCCCAUAGGGCUGAAAGCUUUUCCCGUAAACCUAGCAAUUCCAUUAUGAUUAUUGUGUUGUGGUAGGUGUCGGUGUAAACUUCAUAAAAUGGAAGUUCCCUCAACUACCCGUGAAGAUGUACUCAAGGUCACCGGCAGCCCCUGUGCUUGUCACUGUUACUUAUCAGGCAGUUUGUAUUUUCACCCAAAUGCUACUAAACUUGCAGAUUCAAGCCUCGUUACUGUGUAAUUAGAACAACACUUAAAACAGAAUCUUCUCUUUUCUUAGGCAGUGAAGCAACUUCUGCAAAAGCAAUUAGUGAAUGUUGCCAUCGGUUUGUGCCUCUUUGACUUCACCUCCAAUGUCUGUCAAUGCACAAAUACAAGCUUUGCUGGCAGUGGUCCAUA